UCUACACACACACCUAUACCUAUUUGACACCGAAGAUUGAGGGAGGAAUCGAGCGAGCGGCGAACGCAAAAGCUUUUACCUGAGAGAGAAAACGCGUUUGACCUUGUAAUCUCCGUCGACUGCCAUGGCAGUAUAGACUCUUUCUCCUCUUCGCGCCACCAUUCCCUUCUCCAUACUUCCCAACUCCUUUAAUGUAAACUGCCAACAAAUUACAAAAAGAUCCCACAAGUCAGUUCCCAAAUCCAAACCCCUUCGAUUUUGAUUCAAAUCAAUAAAUACUCACCGCCGGUGGGUUGUAUUGAUUGGGUUUGAUCUGAUUGUCAAUGGCGGACAAAGUGAAGCAGAUCUUGGCGAAGCCGAUUCAGCUGGCGGACCAGGUGAUCAAGGCCGCCGACGAGGUCAGUUCCUUCAAGACCGAGUGUUCCGACCUCAAGUCCAAGACCGAGAAACUGGUGGGUCUGCUCCGGCAGGCGGCUCGAGCCAGUAACGAUCUCUACGAGCGGCCGACUCGCCGGAUCAUUGACGACACGCAGCAGGUGCUCGACAAGGCCCUGACCCUCGUCCAGAAGUGCCGAGCGCAUGGCAUGGUGAAGCGCGUGUUCAACAUCAUCCCUGCCGCCGCCUUCCGCAAGAUGGCGGCGCAGCUCGAGAACUCCAUCGGCGACGUCUCCUGGCUGCUCCGGGUCUCCGCGUCCGCCAGCGAUCGCGACGACGAGUAUCUCGGUCUCCCCCCCAUCGCCGCCAACGAGCCGAUUCUCUGCCUGAUAUGGGAACAGAUCGCGAUUCUCUGCACGGGGUCGCUGGAAGACCGAUCUGAUGCCGCGGCCUCGCUGGUCUCGCUGGCCCGCGACAAUGAUCGCUACGGCAAGCUCAUCAUCGAGGAAGGCGGUAUCGGGCCGCUGCUGAAACUGGUCAAGGAAGGGAAAUUGGAGGGCCAAGAGAACGCCGCUAGGGCCAUUGGGCUUCUCGGACGCGACCAGGAAAGCGUCGAGUACAUGAUCCAUGCGGGUGUCUGCUCUGUGUUUGCGAAAAUCCUCAAAGAAGGUCCGAUGAAGGUUCAGGCUGUGGUGGCGUGGGCGGUGUCGCAGCUCGCCGCCCAAUACCCCAAAUGUCAAGAUCUUUUCGCCCAGCACAACAUCAUUCGCCUUCUCGUUAGCCAUCUGGCUUUCGAGACUGUUCAAGAGCACAGCAAGUACGCCAUUACCACUAAGUCCCUCCAUGCGGUUGUGGUGGCGAGUAAUAAUUCAAACGCCAACCACCACCACCUCAACAGGGCUAAUAACAAUGCCAAUGAGGACGAUGAUCCCCAGGUCCAGAGCAAAAUCCCGCAUCCCCUGGGGAAUAAGCAGCCCAAUCAGAUGCACGAUGUGGUUGCCAGUACAAUGGCCAUGAAUGCACUGUCUAAGUCCUGGCAGGCGAAUGGCGUUAAUCAGAUCAACCAUGCCAGGACCAACAGCAAUGGCAACAUCAACGCCGUGAAGCAGACUCAUCAAGUCUAUCACCAUCACAGUAACCAUUCGCUGUCCGGGGCUAGCACUAAGGGGAGGGAACUGGAGGAUCCCAGUACCAAGGCUGACAUGAAGGCAAUGGCUGCAAGAGCCCUUUGGCAACUUGCCAAGGGGAACCCGCCCAUUUGCCGGAGCAUCACUGAGUCGAGAGCUCUGCUGUGCUUUGCGGUGCUCUUAGAGAAAGGUCGUGAAGAUGUUCAGUACAAUUCGGCCAUGGCCUUGAUGGAGAUCACAGCAGUUGCUGAGGAGGACGCUGACUUGAGAAGAUCGGCAUUCAAGCCCAAUUCACCUGCUUGCAAAGCGGUUGUCGAUCAGUUAUUCAGGAUCAUUGAGAAGGCUGAUUCAGAGCUUCUUAUCCCCUGCAUUAAGGCUGUUGGAAACUUGGCUAGGACUUUUCGCGCGACUGAGACACGAAUGAUAAGCCCAUUAGUAAGGCUGCUGGAUGAAAGAGAAGCCGAGGUUUCUAGGGAAGCAUGCACCGCCCUCACAAAGUUUGCCUACACCGAGAACUAUCUCCACCUUGACCACUCCAAGGCCAUAAUCAACGCUGGCGGAGCAAAGCACUUAAUCCAGCUUGUAUAUUUCGGAGAACAAGUUGUUCAAAGUCCUGCAGUGGUUCUCCUUUGCUACAUUGCAAUGCAUGUUCCAGAUAGUGAAGAACUAGCCGAUGCCAAGGUGCUCACCGUGCUUGAAUGGGCAUCAAAGCAAGGCCACUUUGUCCAGGAUGAAGAGGUUGAGACAUUGCUACAAGAAUCCAAAGGCAGGUUGGAGCUUUAUCAAUCCAGAGGUUCAAGGGGAUUCCACUAAUUCAAAUCAACUUGUCAGAUUGUCUGCUAUUAGAUAAGAGUCUCUGUUUAUUUUUCUUCUGCUUUGGUCCAACGGAGUGUACAUACAAUUGUUUGUUUGCAAUUGUUUAGGAAAAGUCCUAAUUGUUUAUCAUUCUCGUGUGUUCUACCUGUGGAGUUCAUUGUAACUUAACUAAUGCUCUCUGGUGUAACAGAUAUCAAAUUUGAUACAUGGAUAAUCAAAUUAUCUUUUCCUUUC